UGCUUUAUUGGAUUGUUUUCUUUUGGUGUUGUUAAAAACAAAUAAUUGAUUAAUUAUUACACUAUUAUUUUUAAUAUUAGGAAAAAACUAAAUAAUGUGUGAUUUUAUUUUGUAUUUUUGAAACCAGUAUUACACUAAUAUAUGUACCUAUUACGUUCCUCUGGUGUUUUGAACCAUAUUUAUCAUUGAUGUCUUUUUCAUAGUGAACUAAAUAGAUUAGUGAUUGACGAAUAAUUAAAGAAAUGGCAACAUUUCAUGUGGCUCAAGAAGGUCCUGUAAAUGCUCUAGCAUUAAAUAAGGACAACACACAAGUGGCUAUAGGUGGACGAAAUGUCUUCAAAGUAUAUGCAAUAGAAGAAGAUAAAUUUAGAGAAAUUUGUAAUCUUCGGGCGUCGAAACAUUUAAAUUUGAGUUUCUCCUGCAACGAUGUAUCGUGGAGUUCCACAGAUGAUAGUUAUUUGGCAACUGCUGCUACAAAUGGCCAUGUAUGUGUAUGGAACCUCACAAAAAUGGGCAAAGCUAUGCAGGAACAAGACUAUCAGGAUCACAAAAGAACUGUUAACAAAGUAAAUUUUCAUGCCUCUGAACCAUUUAAGCUCAUAUCGGGAUCUCAAGACGGCACAAUGAGAUAUUUUGAUCUUAGAGUAAAGAGCGCAGUUUCAGUUUUUUAUAGUAAUACGGAGAGUGUCAGGGAUGUUCAAUUUAGCCCACAUAACCCUUACACAUUCUCGGCUGUUUCAGACAACGGUAGUGUACAAUUAUGGGAUAUAAGAAAGCCGGAGAAAUGUCAGUUACAGUACACAGCUCACAGCGGUCCGGUUUUUGCGUGCGACUGGCAUCCCGAAUGUACCUGGCUUGCUACUGCUAGUAGAGACAAAACAAUUAAGGUAUGGGAUUUGACGAGUAAGCCAACACUUGAAUACACUAUACAUACUAUAGCUUCUAUAGGGCAUGUAAAGUGGCGCCCUCAAAGAAAGUAUCACAUAGCUAGCUGUGCUUUAGUUAUCGACUGUAGCAUAAAUAUUUGGGAUGUACGUAGGCCGUAUAUACCCUUCGCUUCUUUUAACGAACAUAGGGAUAUUGCUAGUGGAGUUGCUUGGAGGGGAGACCCCCAUGUAUAUUUAAGCAGUGGCCGGGAUUGCACAUUAUAUCAACACUCAUUCAAUGAUGCUUUGCGGCCAGCUAGUAAGGCAAACCCACAAGGUGUGUCUUUGAACAGGAUGGGAGAGAUUUUGUAUGCUAGGAAGGUCUCUACCGUAAAUAAUAACACCAAUAACAACAAUUCUUUAGCCAAAGCUACUGCUGGUAUUAUCAGGAAGAUAUCAACAACACAAUCUGCAGAUCAGUUCCAUCAGACAUCGAGUAAUUUGCUACAAUUCACACAUAUUAAUUGUAUCCAGAAACAGGAAUCGGACAAUUUUCUAGCGCUAGCAAAGAACUACGUUUUACAUGGGAGAAGUAUAUCGGAACUUUGCGAGCAUAAUUCAGCGGUAGCUAGAGAGUUUGGAAAGUCGCAUAUAUCCGUUAUAUGGAAGAUAAUAAAAACAAUGUAUGGUGAAGAAUUUAUGCAGAAUUCUAUUAAUGCAACAAAUAACAACCGUGAUGAAGGUUCUCAUAAUAACAUGCCAAUUAAUACUAUGGUUCCAUCUGGUAUAGGUCUUGAAAAUGCCAUAAAUACCAUUAGGGAUGUAGAACCCGAUCAAAAAUCAAAAGGUGGCGACACUCCGGCAGCGCAGUUCAGUGGCGGAGACGACGAAACAGAAAAUGAAGAUCAAGUGGACCAUGCCGUUAUUUACAAUAAUGGUUUCCCUGCGGACCUAAACUUUCGUACAGGACUGCCGAAAGGCGACUUUUCGUUUGGAGAAAAUGAACUCGAUAUGGAAAUAGACAGUUUGAAUUCCGAUUUCCGAACAAGCUACAGGGGAUUCAACCACAUAACGCCUGAAUGCCAACAAGACUGGACCCUUCCCAACGAGGCUUUUCCUAUUCGACAUGAAAUCUUAGAACGUUCCUCUCCUCCAGAGCAGUUUCCCAAUCACCACUCGCCAGACAUUAAUGAGGAACCCCACACUUUCCAGUUCGACGAUCAGCCUCCCGUUUUGAUAUCCGUAUCUAAACCGCCCAAGAAAAACCUUUGGAAUCCCAGUAAUAUAGUGAUCGAAGCGUUGAAGCAUCACGCCAUCCUAGGCGAUAUCCAAACGGCAGCUUGUAUCUUGAUCGUUCUGGGCGAUUGCAGGAAAUACCUGAAAGACCUGAGCGAAUCCCUCCAGGAGCACUGGCUUUUGGGUUAUAUCGAGAUCCUUGGCAGGUUCCGUUUGUGGAACGUAGCCACUCAAGUGAUAAAACUGGCCUGGUUGCCGUCGGUGUUCCAGUUGAACCAGCAGAGCACCAGAUUCAAUACCAAUUGUAGUAAAUGCGCCAAGCCGUUACAGAGAGUAGGGUGGCUGUGCGAUAGGUGUCAUUCGUCCCGUUACGCCUUGUGUAGCAUUUGCCAUCAGGUUGUCAGGGGGUUGUACGUUUGGUGCCAAGGUUGUUCCCAUGGCGGCCAUUUGAUGCAUAUCAGGCAGUGGUUUUCCAUAAAUAGAACUUGUCCUACUGGUUGUGGUCACAUGUGCGAGUAUAGAUAAUAAUGAUUAUUUAGUAAUUGUGGGAUAUGAUAUUAUUAGUGGGGUCCGUGGGGAGAUCCCCGCUGUGGUAUUUUGUGGUCGUUAAAGCCGAAAUUCUUUCAAUUGAAAAGCUUUAAGGCAGUCGGGAUAGGUCUAUAUAGAUUUAUUGAUGCAUUCAUAUGCUUAAAAAAUAAGAGCUGAUUUGAGCAUUUGUGAUUUUCAUUUGAAUUUAGUCGAUAUUUUGAGGAUGUAUCAAAUACCGUUGACUCGAGAAAUGUAAUAAAAAUAGAUGAAAUGUGUAGCAAAAUAUAUACCAAAUUUGUUGCUUCUUUAGUUCCUGUGUAUUUUUACACAUUACUGCCUUAAUCAUAUUUUAUUUAAUUCUAUCGCUAUUUAUUGCAUUAUUUAUUCUCCAGCAUUAGCCAACUGAGUGUGGUAGCUAUUUAUUAGAAGUAAUUUCCGUUUUUCUUUCAAGUGCCUUAUCCAAGAUAUGUUAAAUCCAUAAAUCUUGUUAUCAUUCAUUUAUUUUAUCUGAAUUCACUGUUGUUAAAAUUAGAUAUGUUAGUGUUACUGUGUAUUUCGAUAGGCAGAUGGAAGGUACAAGACUAUGAAUACUUUUAAAUUACUUUCUGAUCUUUAAUCUUUUCCUUGUUUUUUUUUCUCAUUUCUAUUUUAAAUAUCACUUUAGUAUGUUAAAUACCAAGUGUUGUGAUACUGUGUAAUUAAUAAUUUAUAAAUAAACAUAACUUAUUUUUGA